GACGCAUGCGCGCUCGCCACUUCAGCGACCGCAAGUGUUUACGUCUUCCAUUACGUUGUAUUGUGGCUAAAAUCUCGCGUUUUCCUUUAAAAUACCUACACAAAUCCGGAUAUUUAUGUCAAACCCCGUGCAGUUAAACUAGCGGAUCGCAUCAGUUUAAUGAACGAAAAAACGACAGGCUAGUGUCGAACAGGAAAAACAAUGUUUACAUCCCAGACGUCGUCAUUCCAGGAUUCCAUUGACGUAGAGGAGAGGGAUGACUUCGACAGCGAGGAAAUUUCAGGAUACAACCAGAAGGUUCAAUUGAACUGCUAUUACGCCAUCUAUUUAUAUCAGGGCACAAGAUCUGAGGCUACUGCGGAAAAUGUGUCUUGGAACCAGAGGCGAGCAGACUCCACAAGCAGUCAGGAGGACUUUAGCCUGACUCUGGUUGACAGCAGCCUGCCAAUGGAGGCGGAACCGGAGCUCCGCACAUACAUCUCCAGGAGGCUGAGCAAAGGAGCCCUGCUUGGAGGCAUGGGCAACAUCGCCACGGUCGAACUCAGCAUUCCAGAGCAGGCAGUGGGCUGCUAUUGUUGCCUCCUGGAGCAAGAAAGAUCUCCCGAGCAACCUGAUGCGGACGGCAACGGAUACGUCAUCUGCUUCCUGGGAGGCUCCGAAAAAGGCCUCAACUUAUAUAGGCUAGAACUUGAUAAAUACGUCCAAGGCCUGCAAAGCAGCCUGCAAACCCCAGAGCUGCAAAACCUGGAGACAGAGCUGCGUCCCUACUUGAGCCUCUGGUACGAGGAGUCCGUCAUGCACAUUUACCGCGUGGUGCAGCUGGUCCAGAGCAACAUCAGCUUCCUGUUGCAUGCGGCUCUGAGUCACAGCCACGUGGAGGUGAGCAACUCAGACGAGAGGACGAAGGCGGAUGUUUCUCGGUUCAUCAAAGCGGCGAGCCUGCAGGGUCUGUCUCAGCAGGACACCACAGCAGCCUCGCUGUGCAAGGCCAUGUCUGAGGACGCACACUCUGACCUCAUGAUCGACUGCUCAGAAAGCCCGCCCGCCCUCACCAACACCACAAGUAAUCGUUUCUGCGAUGACUGGAGUCAGGCCUUUGUAAACGCGGCAGAACGUGGAAACCCCUUCCUGCUCCGCCAGAUCCUGGAGAACUUCAAACUUAAGGCCAUUCAGGACAUGAACAGCCUCAAGCGCUUCGUGCGCCAGGCCGAGAUGAGCCACUACGCUCUGUUCCGCUGCUGCCAGUUCCUGCAGGGCUGCGGCAACGCCGACGUGCUGCUGCAGAACGCUCGGUCCGAGCACAGCGACCUGCCCGAGGCCUGCCGCAUCAUCAGCGUACUGGAGGAGUUCCUGAGGGAGCAGGCGCAGGCCUGAUGCCUUCGCUAUGACAUCAUCAUCCAGGUUAGACACUAGCAUAUUUAUUAUACACACGGAUGGACAUCUUUCAUUUAGGUUGAACUACCUGGCUUCCGCCAGCAGGGGCGCUGUUGAGUUGCAGCUAGUUUGUAUAAUUGAAGAACAUGAUAUCAGCUAUGAUAAUUGAUGCAUAGACUUUGUUCGAAUCGAAGAAAUGUUCAAUAAUCCAAAAUUAAUUGAAAAAAUAAUAAUUAGGGAUGGUCUGAUCUGCUACUGGCUAAACUUACUGGGUUGGAUUCAGCUCCUGAAUUAGAUCUUCCUCUUCUGCCACUUGUUCCGGUGUACGAUUGAGGAGCUUGUCCUGUUGCUCUUUCCGCCGCCUUUCAUGACCGGCGUCAAAGAUGAACCCAAGCUAUCACGUAAACACUAAUUGUAACAAUGUGUGACAUACCUCGAGAGACUCAACGCGCUGUAGCACAGUAGCUAGCUAACACGGUUAGCCUAGCGCCGUUGUCGUGUCAGCUGUGUGGAGUUACUUUCUUUGCAAGAGGGAAAAGUAGCCGUGUCAGCGUUGGACAUGUCAACAUUUGUAAAAGCACCACUACAGUAAGGAGUGUGUGGAAUAUAGUCAACUAGUGUGAGCAGCAACAAGUCAUUCAAAUCUACUGCAGUAUUGGAAGAUCAACCAACCUAGACUGCCCUCCUUGGCCAGUCACAGCCUCCAUUAUUAGCCAUGAUAAGAGGAGCAGGUACUUCACCGUGUGUCACUGUACAUUAUCAGGUAGAUAUAGUAAUACUUGUCUGUUAUAAUUAUUUAAAUUAUGGUCAACAUCGCAACUCCUUCUUUCCCGUGUGUGUGAAGUAUGUCACGGUACACUGGAAUUUAAAAACAGCAGCACACACUCCUGUCAUGUGAAGGAUCUUUCACUAAGGCUUGGAUAGCCGACACUACAUACUCUGCAUUUAUGCAUAAGCUACCAAACACGCAACCAUAAAGCAAAUUGUCACCUAAUUGUGAAAGUGAUGGUGUGUACUGUGAAAGUGAUGUCUAAAAUGCAUUUUACUGUUGUGAAUCAAUGUAAAAAAAAAACUGGAAAAGUCCAUCUGUACAGUAUGGUCCCUCCUAUCCUACAGCCAUAUAAUAAACAUAUUGUACAACAUAUGCCCUUUAUUUCACAUAUUUAAAACCAUUUUAUUUACUUGACGCUGCCAAAUUAGCCGCCAUUUGACCAAUGACACGGCACACUGGAGAACCCCCCGACCCCCAACUUGUAAUAACAGAAUAAUCCAUUAUUAAAAACCAGACAAAAACAUAUGGUUUACACUUGGUGCUAAAUAGAAAAAUACAUGGAAAAUAUGACUGUUGGUGUAGAAACAAACAUAUGGACAGGUUAAUAAAUAAAACGAAACCACUGCAUGACAUCCAUGUGUGUUAAAAUGAAGUGCUGUUUGAGUGGGGGGGCAUAAGGACAUACAGUAGAUGACUUGGAAUAGGCUGUACUGCAUAUACACAUGAACACGCUCAAGUCCCUUUGUGGCGUUCUGCCUCUACUAAUACUCGACCUGAGAAGAAACUAAAUGAGCCUCCAGCUAAAGAGACCUGGACUGCACUGUCAGCAUUUCAUAAUGGACUGGUAGGUGAGGAGAAUAUCACAAAUUGCAUUUCGCCCUCAAAGACAGGAGGAUCGACACGUGGUGUUUAGAUGCAUAUGAAAUGAUUGGGGAGGGGGGCAGGGAGUAACUCGAUGGGUCAGCCAGUCUUUCAGGAGGAGAAAGUGGAGGUUAUCCAAUGGUAUCACCGCUGCUUUAGAAGCGCUCUGUACAUGGCGAAGCCCAGCACGGCGAACACGGUGGCGCCCACGCUCGCCCUCAGCCAGAACGUGGAGUUCUUCAGGUCUGCUUGCGCCAGGUGUCUGGCAACAAAAUGAGACGUACAUUAGCGCAAACACUGUGCUAGCUUUGAGCUACAACAGUACGACCAGCUUCUAAAACAGCCAUUCACACUUCAGCUUCAACUCCAAGGCCAACACAAGGGAUGUUGCGUCAUAACAGCCACUAGCUGGCGAUAGUUUGCCAACACUUUGAUCAACAAAAAAGACUGUGAAUCAGCUUUGCAGCAGGUGAGAACAUACAGUAAGCAUGAGGAGGAAUACAUGGCAGUGAAGCCACAAUGCAAAUAAGGGAUCUAUGGAGCUACUUCAAUACACACCUUGCAUAUCCACUGCAGGACAAGCGAUUUUUUUUUUUUAAUACAUUAAAUGACUGAAAAUAAAAUCAACAUUGCAAUCAUUUGUAUCGUGUCGUAAUUUUACCAGCAUCAAGUCAUACAGUUGGUACAAAUGUGUUUUUGCUGUAUUCAGCAAUGUUAUAUAUCAGUCUGUCAUUUCUCAGCCAAUCAAAAAUCACUCUAACAAUAUGUGUUCAUUUUCAUUGGAGACUCUAAAUUGUCCAUAGCCACGAAUGGUUGUUUGUGUAUAUGUGCCCCGCCUCUCACCCAACGUCAAUUGGGAUAGGCUCCAGCACAGCUGCCACCUUAGUGAGGACAAGCGGGAUAGAAAAUGAAUGGAAGCAAUUCAACUG